CAAUGGUCAAUAUGAGCACCCGGAUGUGCAAUCUUCAGCUUUGUUACACGUUGGAGACCGGCUGGAGCAUUACUCAAGAAAGAAGUAUAGUUCAAAGAGAAAGUAUUGAAUAACCUAAACCGGUUCUCUCUACUUUUGAGGGAAGAUAAUUGGAAGUGUCUCUCUGGAAGUUUUCGAAGUAAUUCGUGAAGCAAGAAAAGAAAAAUGAUAGCAGACACCCCACUCCUGACCAGCAGUCCCUGGCAAUCUGAAAGCCCACUGACCAAGGACUAUAAGAAUGUCUUUUUGGAUAUUGACAGUAUGAUUGACAUGGACUUCAAUACACUAGAAGCAGAAGUGAAAAGGGUAAGAAAUGACAAGUCACAGUCCCUGUCAACCAGCUUCCAGACAUAUUACAACAUCACUUCCAGUGGAACAAGUGUAGCCAGCUCAGAAUGUAGUGAGGAAACCUUCCUGGAUCUGGAGAAGGAGGUUGAUGACACAAAUUUCACCCUCUUCUCUUUGUCAGAUGUAAAUGAAGACUUGGAUACAUCUUUUUCUAAAGUGCUAGAAAAUAAUUCACAAGAUACAUUGGAGACUCAUCCAUGGACAGACAACGAACUGGGUAUUACAACAGAUGUCCUGACAGACAUAAUUCCCACGUUGCCAAUCUCCCCACCUUCACCCAGAAAACGCACACAUUCAGAGAGUUUCACAGAUAAUAAACCAUGGAGUAAUAUGACAAGUCAAGAACAGAUUUCCACAAUUGAAGAGCUCACAAGGAUCAUUAGUGAAGAAAUGGGUCUCAGAGAACAGAUUGAAGUGAUCCGAAUUAUUAGUCCAAAUGCCCAGGUUUCACCCACAGAUACAGAGUUUGUUAUUGAACUGGACUGGUUGAAUGAUGAAAAGCUCCAGAGAUUGAGAAAGUAUGUAAAGCAGCACUCCAGCAACAGUAGCAUUAAUGGUGACCACUGUAGUUCCUGCAGCAGUGUGUCAGACCACAGUGAUGUAGAGUCUCCGCAGAAAAAGGCAAAACGUGGUCUGAACAGAGAGAGGCGAAAUCAACUGAAACUGGAGAGACAGCGACAAAGAAAGGAAUAUCGCCAAAUGAUGAGAGAGAGACGAAGUGGUCUGUUCCACAAGGAAGAAGUUCUUGCUCUGACCAAUUUUGAGCCAGUGGAAGAAGAAGUGGAUAUAUUAACUUAACAUUGUUCAAUAAAUAAAGAAAAUAUAAUUUAUUGAGAGUUAAUGUGUUACAGUAGUACUUAUCAUUUUGGAUAGCAAUAUUUAUGUCCAUACCAGGCUGUCAGCCAAGUUUAUGAUUACUUUUGAUCACUCAUUUUGAGAAGUGUGGCAAUUUAGACUUUAAUUUUGCUGGUGAAGAAUGAUUAUGGCAUUUGACAUCAGGGUGUCAUGAGAAUGUAUCUUUGUGGUAAAAGAUGAACUAAGCUGGGUUUUGCAAUGAUUUAAUUAUCUACAUGAAUCAUUUUCUUUUGUGGAGUAAAAUGUAGCCAACUCGAGUCUCAAGUAGUUGAUUUUGAAUUUGAAAAUUUUUAUUUUGUGCAAAAUCCUCUCAAUUUUGACCUUGUGUUUUUGAUGAGUAAAUUAAACAUCUGCAGGGUAGGUUAAACAUUUUUUGCAUUUUGGGUUUACUAAGACAUUGAAAAAGGAAGGUUUUUGUGGCAGUCUUCUGUAAAUAAAAGAUUGGUAAGAUAAUUAAAUAGAACUUUGUACUAUUCAUAUGGUUUCCCAAUGACAUAAUUUAUAUUUUGAAAUGCUUGCAAUUUUUACUUUUGUAUUUGAAAACUUAGUUUUUCUUAAUUUUUUAAAAUGAUGUGAAUAAUAUUACUAGAAACUUUAUUGUGUUCAGCUAAAUUGGUAAUGAAAGACGUUUACUGAAGUUUGAUCAGUACAAAUAACACCAAAAAGUUCCAGAAUGCAGUAAAUGUCUCUUCCAGAUUAAAAUUAAGAUGUAAUGUAUACAAUAUUUUAAGAAGUGCCAUUUUCACAAGAGAGAGUCUGAACUUAAUAGCAAAGGAAUGCAGUGAAAUCUGUUGUAUCCAGGCAUUAAGAGAAAGAAUAAAGUAUGAAAACAAA